GGGGCCGCCGGGGCAACGCGGACUAGUGCCGCCGCGGGCGCUGCUAUGGCGUGGGGCGCGCUGCUGGUCGUGCUGUGCCUCUGUCUCCGCGCCCUCGCUGCCGGCCCGGGAACUACCCCAGAAACAAGGGGAAUCUUUGAGGGGAUUGAGAGCAAAUUUUCUUUAAGGACACCUGCUAUACCUGAUGAGGACAUUUGCUACUUGGUACCUGGCCAAAAGGACUCACUAGCACACUGCAGCUUUAACCACACCAGCAAAACCUUCCUGGUGAUCCAUGGAUGGACGGUAACUGGGAUGUAUGAGAGCUGGGUGCCAAAACUGGUGGAUGCUCUGUAUAAAAGAGAGCCUGACUCUAAUGUCAUUAUUGUAGAUUGGCUAACUAGAGCCCAGCAACACUAUCCAAUAUCUGCUGCAUACACUAAACUGGUGGGAAAGGAUGUGGCCUCUUUUAUUGACUGGAUGGAGGAGCAAUUUAACUACCCUUUUGAAAAUGUCCAUUUGCUGGGGUACAGUCUGGGAGCACAUGUAGCUGGGAUUGCUGGAAGUCUGACCAAAAAGAAGAUUAACAGAAUUACUGGUUUGGAUCCAGCUGGUCCUACCUUUGAAUAUGCUGAUGCACCUAUGCGCCUAUCCCCAGAUGAUGCUGAAUUUGUUGAUGUCCUACACACUUACACAAGGGGGUCCCCAGACCGGAGCAUUGGGAUACAGCAGCCAGUUGGGCAUAUUGAUAUCUAUCCCAAUGGAGGAGGCUUCCAGCCAGGCUGUAACUUAGGAGAAGCUCUGCGCCUCAUUGCAGAAAAAGGCUUUGGAGAUGUGGAUCAGCUCGUGAAAUGCUCUCAUGAACGUUCCAUCCAUCUCUUCAUUGACUCUCUAAUGUAUGAGGAAAAGCCAAGCAUGGCCUAUCGCUGUCAAACAAAGGAAGCCUUUGAAAAGGGGCUUUGUUUAAGCUGCAGGAAGAACCGCUGCAACAAUAUGGGCUAUCAGAUCCAUAAAGUGAGAACCAAGAGAAACAGUAAGAUGUAUCUGAAGACACGGUCUCAGGCACCCUAUAAAGUUUUUCAUUACCAGGUCAAGAUCCAUUUUUUUGGAAAGGAGAAUGUAACUAAGACAAGUCAGCCAUUGCUCAUUUCUCUGUAUGGCACAACGGAUGAGAGAGAGAACAUUGCCUUUAUACUACCUGAAAUUUCCACAAACAAGACCUACUCCUUUCUGGUUUACACAGAGGUGGAUAUUGGUGACUUACUUAGGCUGAGUCUGCAGUGGGAGAAAGACUCUUUUUUCAGUUGGACAGAAUGGUGGACCUCCUUCACAUUUGACAUCCACAGAGUGCGAGUGAAGGCUGGAGAAACCCAGAAAAAGAUGGUGUUCUGUUCUCAGGAUGGAGUUGCUCACCUCCAAAAGGGAGGGGAAGCUGUAAUGUUUGUGAAAUGCCUUGGUAACCCUGUCCGCAGAAGGAAAGCAGGACACAAGCCAAUUUCUGAAAUUAAAACUGACCCAUGAAUUUUCUGAAGAAUGUUAUGGAUGAAGAAAUUCUGUAUUGGGGAGGGGAGAGAAUACUGAAUGCAGUGGGUGUUCAGAACUGAAUAUAUUGAAAUGUAUAUCAGCUUCUGGCUUUUUUUUGCCUGCUAUGCCUGGCUCUUCUUUUUUUCAGGGAAUCUCAGCACAUAGAAAGUAGCUACUAAAAUAUAAAGAACAUGUCAGCCAAGUAGUUAAAAACGUUUUGCAAAAGGUGUGACAUCUUGAUUUACCAGGAAGAAAUAGUGACUUUGCUUCAUUAUACCGCCUUGUAACAAGGUUUUUCAACAUAAAGUAUUGUACAGCAAAUUCCUAGUAUUUAUUGAGAAGUUUCAUAUCUGGGCCUAUAUUUUGGCUUUUUGUUAACUGGUGUGUUAAUAUUUGUAUAAACUAGUUGGAGCUUUGUUUGUGCAGUUGGGCAACGUCAAUUGAGCUAACUGAACUUAUAGGCUCUUCACUAAUGUUUAAAACAAAGCUUUCGCAUGCAUGUUUAGCACCUAGUAGGUAUACUUAUUCUGAAGUAUGCACCUUGCUCCUGAUGAGGCUGUUGCUCUUUUUUUUUUAAGGCUGAGAACUGAGUGAAUCUGGAGACGGACUAUGCUGGACUGUGGAUAAUAGAGCUUGUACUUGGGGCAAAUUGCUGUGCUAUCACUACCUACUUAGCCUUAGCUGUGACCCAUACAUGUGUAUAUAUAAUUACUCUAUUUAUCCUGCAAUAAACUUUCAGUGGUAGGAGAUGCUAGCAUUCUCAGUGUCCAAUGCAGAUAUUUUAAAAUUAAUCAGUAACCAUGUCUUUUUAAAAUAAAACUGUUUAACCUCUGACAUUGCACUAAGUUAAGAACUACAAAAGAAUCAACAGACUGGAAACAGCAGGUGAUUUUGUUUUCAGCACCUGUUUGUAUCACUAAUGCAAAAAUAAGCUGAAUACUGUGACUUUCUGCUCUUUGACACUGAACUUCAGUCAUCCGAUUAGGUCAGAGCUGCACUGGCCUUGUGUUCACCUGUAUUUUUCCUGACCUGCAAACCAAGAGACUGUGAUCAUUCUUUUCUUUGCUAAUAUUCUUAUUUCCAAAGACAAAUCUCGGUGUAUUGCUUUGCUGUGACAUAGGAGCAGAUGCCAUUACAUUGAAGGAAGUUUUUCAGUACCUCUGACAUUUAAAGGAGCUUGAAUGUAUUGCUCACAAAACACAAUGCUCUGUAAUUGCUUCAGUUAGAGGUGCUACAAGUAUACAACAGUACUGUAGAACUGAACAGUGUUUUUAUGCAUAUGUAAUUAAUUAUUUUAAUACCCAUAAAAAUUCAAGGGUAUGGCAAUUUGGAAAAGUAACACAAGAUUAUGUUUUGUAAUAUGUAUCUUUAUUACACAACAUCAAGCCCUCUCCUCCACUCCCUGUUUCCCCCCCAUUAGGGAAGGUGGUAUUUCUGCAAAAUCACUAAAAUUGGAACAAAACUCAACAUUUUAACUUUUAUUUAUAUCGCCAUGCCUUGUUCACAUUAGAUGAACAAAGCUGAAUACAGCAAUAUAAUUGCUAGAAGUUGAUCUAACCCAGAAAAGUGUGGUUGAGACGCGAUGAGAUGGUGAGGGUGAUGCUUGAAUACUGAAGCCUUGCAUAUGAGCUCUCUUAAAGGAAUAAAUGAAGAAAUUUGCAUUUUCUUCUUGACAUUCCUUUUUUUACUUGCCGUUUUCUGAUGGAUGAUGUUUUGGAAAGGUGUGAGGAUGUGUAUACUUGUGACACAAGCUCUCAUAUAAUCCCUUACAGCACUUGAACACCAAAUGGUGAAGGUUUUUUAUAAAUGAAGACACGGGAUUUAGCUUUAAAUAUUUAUUAGCUGUAAAUAUAUAUAAUUUAUGUCUGUGUAAAGGUAGUCUGUAUAUAUUGCUGAGGCUAUUGAGGUAAUCUACAUCUAUACAGUUGUGCAGUAUUAAUCCUGUAUGUAGCUUUCAGAAUGAGACUUUUUUUACCAAUGAACUUCUUAGUCGCAUGUUGAAAAUAACAGUGUAUUAUGUUUUUUGUUUGUUUGUUUUUGUUUUUUUUAAGGGAAAGCUUCCUUACUUUGUACAGAAUGGAAACCUGUGAUCUUAAUAAACGUUGUCAAACUGA